AUGCUCAGUCCCCGAUUCGCCCCGCUAAUGCCCGACAAGAUGGAGUCUCGUUCACGACACCUCUCACCGUCGUUCUUCUCGUUCUACAAAGACAAUGAAAGCAGCGAUAAUAUCGCUUCAAUCCCAAAGAUGUUGGAAGACGGAGGAGUCCCACCACAAGACCACGAUGCGAUAAUCGAGGCGGUUAUGGACGUGAGCGGGGCGAAAGACGCCGUAAAUAUGGGCAUCGACAUUCUGUCGACAAUGAAUUUC